AUGGCUGGUAUCCACGUCCAGGGACACUUGGAUGUGGGUCAGGGUUUAGUCCAACUCUUCAAUGGCCUUGUGGAACAAUUCGAAAUCAAUCCAAAAAACGACAAGAGAGUACUGGACGAUUCUUUAGAAGUAAAACUGGGAGAUGACCAAAUAAAAGACGACGGGAAUUUACAUAUUGUUGACAGUCCUCAUGCUGGAGAUCAGAAGAGGAUUGGUGAUGAGGUACCACUACUGGAGCAACUUAGGAAUCAACGGGAAGAAAGUGUUCAUUUAUAUGGACACCAUAGGUUAUCUUAUACGAAUGGCUACCACAUUAAAGACGCGGUCCCAGUGGAUAGAGACGACGAUGUUUUGAAAUUUGCUCAAAAUAUCAUGCAGGAACUAGGGCCAGAUUACAGUGUUGAUGAAGUUCAUUCAAGAGCAUCAGGUUCACUAUAUAACAUGUUUAAAAAUAUCGGGAUGAACAUUCUAAAAACUGUAGACGCUGAAAAUAGUGAUAAAGCACUAGUCAACGAUCAUUAUAAGCCAAGUAGACCGCAUAAAGUACAUUACCUAGCUGAAGAUUUCAUCAAGAUCCUAAUCAAAUUUGACCAUAAACCUCUUGAAAGAGCUUGGGAGUUUCGCCCAGAUAUAAAAGCUUUCAAAUUCGAAGAUUUAAUGGGUGAUCCUGCUGAUAAGUUUAGGUUCUUGAAGCAUUUAAAAAUUGCAGGUGAUAUGUACAAAUCUAUAAUAGAUUUAUGUGAAGCUCAACAAUUUACGCUAUAUAAUAGAACAAUACCUAAUCAUCUGAUAGUAACAGAUCUUAUAACAAUGGCUGAUUCUUACAAAGUAGAUAUAUUAAGUAACACAGGCAUACCUGUUGACAUAUACGAAAAUUGGAACUUAAUUGACGGUUCUUUGACUGUUGAUGAUGUACUUGGUAGAGCGGAGGAUAGAGAAACCUUUGUGAAAAGUGUUAAAAUGUUCGGUGGUGAAGUAUUCCAAAACGCAUUUGAUAAUAUUUCUACUCAUUUGUAUGGCAUCCCAGUACCUGAUCACUUGUACACCGAAUGGGUGAUAGCUACAGCAAAGAACCUUAAUGUGACAAUAGUCAGUAACAAAGGCAAACAAUUUAAUAUGAAUUGGCAUUACAGGCCUGACGAUUUUAUAGGAUACCCUGCUGACAGUUUCGGCGGUUUGGAUUUUGUUGAUGCAUCAUUACUAGAAGGCUACAAAAUUACAGGUCAUGCGGAGUUUAUAGCAAAAGGAAACAAAAUUAUGCAUUUCAUAAAUGAAAAAGUAAAAGACAUCAACUGGAACGCCGACAACAUUAGGAAACUAUGGAAUGCAAUCACAAGUGGAGAAGUAGAAAUUAACAACGAGCCUGCAUCUAGUGAAGAUAGCAAUGAAUUAACGAAGCCACGAAGACACACAAACGGUUUAAAACGUGGUCCACCAUCAAAAGUAGAUCCACUAUCGAGAAAUUAUCCAGCUAAUUACCCUGAACUUUCUGCCUUCACAAUGAAUGAUCUCACAGGGAAGGUUGAGGAUAAAAAACGGUUUUUAGAAUUUAUUAAGGACGUCGCACCUGUUUACAGGUUAUUGAUAAGCUCACUGAACGCCGAAUAUCUACAAAAGCAUAAAAAACAAUACCCUAUUACUAUGGUGGCUCACGAUUUUGUUCAACUGGCGGAUCAUUUCAAUGUUAAAAUACAUAGUAAUGGAGGUAAAACUUACAAUAUUGAUUGGAAUAGUAUGCAAACAAUAAGAGAAUAUUAA